AUGGAGGAAACUAUUUUGGUAGGCGAUGAUCUAAUGACGGGCCCACCAUCACCAGUUAUUCCACCAGAAAUUGCUUCUCAUGUGCUUGAAGGUGUUGAUAUGUGUGAUGGGAUAUUGAGGAAUCUAUUUUUGUGUCUGCAAAUCAAUGAUAUUGAGCCAUUCUGUCAAGAUGAGCUUGUUAUGUAUAAACAGUGCGCUGAAAAAAGGGAUAGGGAACUAAGGAAACGACUUCAGGACAGUGAGCACAAACUGGGGUUAUCAAUGCCUUUAAAUGAAGCAAAGGAAAGAGCUUCUCAGCUCGAAAAAGAGGUCACAUCAUUAGAUAGGCGCUUGAUUCUUGCUAGUGGACUUGAAGGCAUAGAAGGUUUUCGGCAGAGAUGGAGUUUGCACGGUCGCCUUACAGAUACCAAGAAAAGGUUGGAGUCCUUGAAGCAGGGAAUGGAGACCAGGAAAAAGGACUAG